AUGAAACAAUCGCCAUUCAUACAAUUCACGUUCGGAAUUCUUGCAUUGACAACCAGUUUGCAGUACGGCGAAUGUUUGCGCUGUUACACCUGUGACGGCCCACACGAGUGUGCAAAUCCCCGUGAAGAGCAGUGUCCAAAAAACAACGAGUGCUUCACGGUUGCUGAGAACUACGAUGUCAAACAAAAUGGUGUGUGGUUCAAUUUCAAAAAAAAAAUCAAGACGUGGAACCCCGAAAGGAUGCAAAUUGAAGCAGAAGACUCCGAAAAGGUUGUGCGCCAACAUGCGAUAGGGUUAAUUUAG